GCAUCAGUUUUCUCUAGAUUGCUUUGUGAAAUUGUGAUUUGGCUGUGUUACUUAAGGGGUUCCAGGUGCUGAAAAUUAAAAAUUCAGGGCUAAAAAUGGCUCAAAUUAUGACUGGAGGUCAGAUUUUACUAAAUUUGAGGUUUCAUUGAGUUGUGGAGCUUAAUAUAGGCCAGUGGAGCUUAAAGCAUACUAAUUAUGGUGGGGCUUGAUAUAGGUAUGUGGAGCUAAUUACAUUAAUAUAUCCAAAAACUCUAUUCUCUUCAUCGAUCCCUCUCAGUUCUUGUGUUUUCUUCAUCGGAACUGAUACGGAAACACUGAACCUGCUCAUAUGGCGACCAAAUCAUCCAAUGAAGUUCAAAGCAAAAAGAGAGAGAAGAGAACUGGAAGGGAAAAUUUAUUGGGUUACAGCGAGGAAACAAAGCCCAGAAGCAGGAAACUUGGAGAAAUCGUAGCUAAGUACAGAAAAUCCAAGGAUGCCUUUUCCCUGGCUACGAGUGCAAAGAACAAGCUGGUGCAAAGGCAGGAAAAGCUUGGUAAAAUCAACAAUCAAACUGAAGAGCUGGAAGGUAAUUCAGAAGACUAUGCAUCAUUGGCCAAUGAACUUCUCAAGAAGAUGGAGAAAAGAAAAUGGUGGCAAAUAUGAUAUAAUACAGGCCUGAUAUGCUAGCUAUCUGACACUUUUUUUCAGGUUUUCCCUUCUGUUUGUUUACCCCCUUGUGCAUGGUGAGAUUUCUCCAAGACACCAGCAGGAGAUUAUACCUAAAGUAUGCUUGUUGGCAUGUAAUUCAUUAUAAAAUUAAGAACCUGUACUUUGAUA